ACCUCGAUUUCAUUGCCGGUUUUGGCGCACGUGUAAAAUUAGCUUUUUUGUUAAUUUUCCAGAAGAAUGGGAGAAGAAAACUUAAGCAAAAACAUUUAAAAUGUUUCGCUCUGCAUUGAGAAAAAGUUGUUUUUGGCUUGUCCAAUGUUCUAAAAGGCUAGGAGGACAAAGAUCUGAUUUUCUAUUAGCAACAAGAACCACACGUCUAACAUAUGCUCAAUGCAGUGAACUUAAAAGACGGAUGAAAGCAGAGAAAAAGGCUAAAGAAAAAGCUGAAAAAGGACUUCAAAACACACCGCAAGCUAAAGAAUCAGAGAAGGCUGUUAAACCAAAAGAUGAUGAAGAAAUUGACCCAAAUGAAUACUUCAAGCUCAGGUCAAAAUCUAUUGCACAGCUUAAAGAAAAAGGAAAUAACCCCUAUCCACACAAAUUUCAUGUACAGAUGUCACUAUCCACAUUUAUUGAUAAUUAUGACAGUAUACCUAUAGGAGAAACUAAGGAAGAGGAAGUCACUGUGGCAGGAAGAGUACAUGCUAAAAGAUUAUCCAGUUCAAAACUGAUAUUCUAUGACUUGAGAGCAGAAGGAGUCAAAAUCCAGGUCAUGUCAAAUGCAAAAUUUUUUGAACCAGUAGACUCCUUUGAUGAAAUAAAUGACAACAUAAAACGAGGGGACAUUAUUGGUGUUGUAGGCAAACCAGGCAAAACAAAAAGAGGAGAGCUGAGUAUUAUUCCAAAGACAAUAACAUUAUUAUCACCAUGUCUACAUCAACUCCCACAUUUACAUUAUGGUCUUAAAAACCAGGAAACCAGAUACAGACAGAGAUAUUUAGAUAUGAUAAUAAAUGAACCAGUCAGACAGAAAUUUAUAACUAGAGCUAAGAUUAUAAAUUACAUUAGAAAAUUCUUUGAUCAACAGGGUUUCUUAGAGGUAGAGACUCCACUAAUGAACAUGAUCCCAGGUGGCGCUACAGCCAAACCUUUCAUCACACAUCACAAUGAUCUUAACAUGGACUUAUAUAUGAGAGUAGCACCAGAACUUUAUCUCAAAAUGUUAGUGGUUGGAGGUAUGGACCGUGUAUAUGAGAUAGGCAGACAGUUUAGAAAUGAAGGCAUUGAUUUAACACAUAAUCCUGAGUUCACAACAUGUGAAUUUUAUAUGGCCUAUGCAGACUACCAAGACCUUAUGGUGAUAACAGAAUCACUGGUAUCUGGUAUGGUAAAAACAUUAACAGGUGGCUAUAAAGUACCCUAUCAUCCUGAGGGUCCAGAUGGACCGGUAUGGGAAGUUGAUUUUACACCACCAUUCAGAAGAAUUAAAAUGAUUCCAGAAUUAGAGUCAAAAUUGGGGGUUAAAUUUCCAAAUCCUACAGAGUUUGGCAAAGAGGAAAGUAGAAAAUUUAUUGAUGAUCUAUGUAAAAAACAUGGUGUAGAAUGUACUUCACCCAGAACAACAGCCAGGUUAUUAGACAAAUUAGUUGGUGAAUAUAUAGAAGAAGAGUGUAUAAGUCCAGCCUUUAUUACAGAACAUCCCCAUAUUAUGAGUCCAUUAGCUAAAUGGCAUAGAUCAACACCAGGUUUAACAGAAAGACUAGAAAUGUUUGUUUGUAAAAAGGAGAUAAUUAAUGCAUAUACAGAGUUAAAUGACCCUGUAGUACAGAGAGAAAGAUUUGCACAACAAGCUAAAGAUAAAGCUGCUGGAGACGAUGAAGCUAUGUUUGUAGAUGAGAAUUUUUGCACGUCCCUAGAAUAUGGUCUACCGCCAACAGCUGGAUGGGGUCUAGGGGUUGACAGAUUAGCUAUGUUCCUCACAGAUUCUAAUAACAUAAAGGAAGUGUUAUUAUUUCCAGCCAUGAAACCUGAUGAACAGAAACCACCAACCAAAGAAGGAGAAGAAGGAAAUGAAAGCUAACGCAAAAACAAUUCUUAAGAUCUUGUUAUUUAUUUAUUAUUUUUAAGAAUCUUAAUUGCAUGAAAAUUUUCUUAUAAUUAUAUGUAAGAUGUUUUCAUAAAGGCCGUUUGUUAAAAAGGAUUCUUGUUUCAUGCAGGAUUUUACAAAUGACACUUGCAGUAUAUCAUUUGAAAAUAGCAGAUUUCGUACAACCUUUUCUUAACAUAAAUAAAAUUUUCAGGGAUUAGUAUAAAAGAAGAAAGAAAAGAAAUGUUUUAUUUAUGAAAUAACAAAAACUUAUAUUUAGCACAAAAAAAACUGGCACAACAUUGGGAACCCAGUUUUCUGGUAGGUACUUUAGGUUCAUUUGAGGGGCUAAACAACAAUGAACAAGGUAACUAUCACACUUUUUUUACAGUGUUGAUAAGAUUAUAUGUACAAUCCUUUAUUAAAAGAUCAUAUUUUUUUGUGAUGUUUAACAAUGAAGCUUAGACGUCAAAUAAGCAAUCCAUAGAAUUACUUGGAUUUUACCAUAAUAAAAUAUUCUGUCAUUUUGCAUGUAGGACAAAAAUGGCAUUUGUAUCACAUAUCUUCAACCAAUUUCUUUGUAUUUGAACAUUGUAAUUUGAAGAAUGAGAGGUUUUGGGAGCUUUUUGUUUCAUUAUUUUCAUCAGUGUACUUAAUAUUGUUUUAGUAUGCAUAUUUUCUUGAAAUACUUAUAAAUUGAAAGACACAAAAUAUUCUGAAUUUAGCAGUUUAUAUUGAAUAGGGUUUUUGCUAAAAAAAAAUAAUCCUAUAUCAAGCUAAUUUGGAAAGUGAUUUCAAUAGUGAAACCAGCCUUAACAAUACAAAGCUUAUAUUGAAAACAUGCCUGAGCUCUUAUACUACAUGUAGUACAAACAGUCAAUUUUCUUUAGCAUAUGUAAUUUUACUUGUGUAAAAUAAACACCUGUAUAAUCUUAAGAGAAUCUCCUAUUCCUUUAGGGGUACUAGGUACACUUGUGUCAAUGUAUUUGGAGAUGAAUAUGGGGUUAUCUUCAACCAAACUUUUUUAGUAUAAAAACUGACAUGAAAUAACUUUUUAUUGAAUUUUCUGAAACUGUACAUUAUAUUUACUCAGUUCAAGUUUAUUAUUAUGCAGCAGUUUAUUGUCACAUUCAAAAUUAGUAGUGACUGUCGCAUAAAUCAGUUAAUUGCAUUGUGUCUGAUAGCAACAUAGACAGAAAAUGUUAAAGUGUACUUGAUUCUCUAAAAUUGUGUACAGGAUAAAAAAAACAACAAGUGUAUAUUCAAAUUGAAAUUCCUGAAUUUAUUUCUGUUUUAUAAACAUAAGUUGUUUGAGAGAAAAAUAAAAGUGCUACAUAUUUAUAUAAUAA